UUACGGGUUGGCGAGAGAGGGAGGGGCUGGCUCACUUCAACUGAACGGGAAGUGAUGUUACGUUGAUUGUGAAGAGGGUUCAUGAAACAAAUGGAUCGAAAGGACUGCGUAAACCCAAUUUAGUGAGUUAUUUUUUUAUUUCAAAAUCAACAAAUUGUCAUCGCUUUUGAUAGGGCGCUUCUACACGAAACCCCAAGAAAGAAAGUGACGCACAGACACGGGUCUGAAAUAAGCACUCACUAUGUCUGAUGGGGACUAUGACUACCUCAUCAAAUUCCUAGCCCUUGGUGAUUCUGGAGUAGGGAAAACCAGUUUUCUCUACCAGUACACAGACAAAAAGUUUAACUCCAAAUUCAUCACUACAGUGGGCAUUGAUUUCAGAGAAAAACGAGUGGUAUACAAAUCAAAUGGUCCAGAUGGGGCAGCAGGCAGAGGACAGAGGAUUCAUGUUCAGCUGUGGGACACGGCGGGGCAGGAGAGGUUUCGGAGUUUGACAACAGCUUUCUUCCGAGAUGCGAUGGGCUUCCUCCUCCUGUUUGACCUCACCAAUGAGCAGAGUUUCCUUAAUGUCAGAAAUUGGAUGAGUCAAUUACAGAUGCACGCUUACUGCGAGAAUCCAGACAUUGUACUCUGUGGCAACAAGUGUGACCUGCAGGAGCAGAGGGCAGUCCGUGAAGAUGAGGCCCGUGAGCUGGCAGAGAAGUAUGGAAUCCCUUACUUUGAGACAAGUGCAGCUAACGGGCAGUUUGUUAGCCAGGCUGUGGAUGUCCUGCUGGACCUCAUCAUGAAGAGGAUGGAGCGCUGCGUGGACAAGUCCUGGAUCCCUGAUGGAACUGUGCGAUCCAAUGGACACAGUGGUCACACAGACAUCACAGAGCCCAAGACCCAGGAGAAGGGCAAAUGUGCUUGUUAGGGUCCACAUACAGAUAAUGGUUACACCAUCCCCUCAGUGAUGUUUUGGUAGGACUGGGCUGUAUGGUAUGUCAUGAAAGGCAUGUAAUAUUUGUAAAUCAAUGGUGUCAUAGUAAGUUUUGGCAAGAUGUGGGGGGGGGAAGAGUGUGUAUGACGUGCAAAGCUGAAAGUAACUACUAACCCCUGCCAAAUGUACCAGAGCAUCAUUAUGUUUUGUUAAUUUGAUUAUGCCAUUUGGUGUGGUGCCUCUCCUUACACUUGUCCAUACAGUGUCAAUUUAGUGCCUUUUUAUGUUUUUCAUUUCAGAGAAUAUUAUAUGUAUUUUACAUUGUAAAAGAACUGUAUUAUAACCAACUAUUUUCUAAGAUCCAGUAGAAAAAUGAGAAGCCACUGAAAGUUGUAUUAGUUGAGAACACUUCCCUGUGAAUUUAAAAGGAAACCCAUCCUUAUUACAUUUGCUUUAUCUUGGCCAGGUCGCAGUUAUAAAUGAGAACUUGUUCUCAACUUGCCUACCUGGUUAAACAAAGGUAAAAUAAAUAAAACAUUUAACUUUUUGACACAGGAUAUUUUGUCACUAUGCACUUCCAUUUAUUCUUGUACAAUGUAAAAGUCCUGAGCACAUGCAAUCUGUAGUGAAUAGAGUGAUUUAUUUUAUAGGCCUGCUCUGUAGUAGCAGAGUAGCUGGGUGUUUUUAUUUGUAUCACAAUGUCGGGAUAUUGGGUCUAUAAGAAAUGUUUGAGGUUCCAUGUAAAUCAAUGCUGAUUUUGUUCAUUUGUAAUUUUACAAUGUGCCUUAAAUCUGCUGUAUUCUGUCAAACACUGUUUUCAUGCCAAAUAUGUAAACCAUAUCCAUUAUUCCAUAAAAUAAAUAUAUUUUAUUUAUUAAA